AUGAGAACCGUUCAGUGGCUGCUUCAGAUCUCCUUAUUACUAUGGCUAAGCAAAGGAUUAGCAGCAACUCAUGCGAAGCCUGGUUGUCAAGAGUGGUGUGGAGACGUUGACAUUCCAUACCCCUUCGGAAUUGGAUCUGCUGGUUGCUACUUCGAUGAAUGGUUCGAAGUAACUUGCAACAACUCUACCGACCCUCCUAAGCCUUUCCUGAAAGGAGUAAAUCUGGAGGUGCUCAAUGUUUCAUUACAUGGCACCGUCCGGGUCAACAACCCAGUACUCCUUUCUCAGAAUUGUUCCGGCAAACCAUCAAAUGACACGCAGUGGUGGGAGGGAGGCCCCUUUUCAUUCUCCAACACCUACACUAGAUUCACUGCUGUGGGUUGCAGCGCCAUGGCCUACUUUAUGCAGGAUGAUACAGUAAUCGGGGGAUGCAUGACCCUCUGCAAAAAGGACGUCGCAACUGCGGCAAAGAAUGCUAGCUGCUAUGGCUUGGAGUGUUGCCAAACCCAAGUCCCUCCAGGCCUCCUGUCCUUCACUGCAAAUUUAGACACCUUUCCUGAAGGUAGUGCUGAUGAGCAAGAACCAUGCAAAUACGCGUUCAUGGUGGACCAACAAUGGUUCAUCUCAAAUGUACCAGAUCCACAUACGAUGAAAGAUAUGGAAUACGUUCCAGCAGUGCUGGACUGGCGGAUAUACAACGCAACGUGCGAUGCCUCCACCUCAAACCUCAACACAUCCACAAGUUUUUGUGGCGAGAAUACCAUUUGUUCAACUGACACUCAAACCUCAAGUCUCACCUGCAGCUGUCCCCCGGUAUAUGUAGGCAACCCUUAUCUUCCCCAAGGAUGUGAAGGUGAAACUCUUGAUAAGCUACUUGCUAAUAGGACGAGGGCCAUAAUGAAUGCAACUCAUCCUAUCUAUUUAGAUGAAAGCGAACAACGUCACAUAAUGGUGUUACCAGUCAUAGCAAUAGGAGCGCUUGGAACAUUACUUCUAGUAAUUUGUGCAUGGUGGUUGUACAAAGUACUAAAAAGGAGAAAGAAAAUUAAGUACAAGAAGAAAUGCUUUAAUAGAAAUGGUGGUUUACUCUUGGAACAACAAUUAUCUUCAAGUAAAGGAAAUGUUGAUAAAACCAAAUUGUUCACUUCCAAAGAGUUGGAGAAAGCCACUGAUCGUUAUAAUGAAAACCGAGUCAUUGGACAAGGAGGCCAAGGUACUGUUUACAAAGGAAUGUUGAUGGAUGGAAGAAUUGUUGCAGUUAAAAAGUUGAAGAUAAUGAGUGAUAGCAAACUUGAACAAUUCAUUAAUGAGGUUGUCAUUCUAUGCCAAAUUAAUCAUAGAAAUGUGGUUAAGCUAUUAGGUUGUUGUUUGGAGACAGAAGUACCUUUGUUGGUCUAUGAGUUCAUUCCUAAUGGAACCCUUUCUGAACAUAUCCAUGGCCAAAAUGAAGAAUUCCCAAUUACAUGGGAAAUGCGUCUUCGAAUUGCUACUGAAGUUGCUAGAGCUCUUUCUUACUUGCAUUCAGCAGCUUCUAUACCAAUCUAUCAUCGAGAUAUUAAAUCAACUAACAUACUUUUAGAUGAUAAAUAUCGAGCAAAAGUGGCAGACUUUGGAACUUCAAAAUUUUUUUCCAUUGAUCAAACGCAUUUGACCACCCAAGUACAAGGUACAUUUGGAUACUUGGAUCCAGAGUACUUCCAAUCAAGCCAAUUUACCGAAAAAAGUGAUGUCUACAGUUUUGGAGUAGUUCUUAUUGAGCUUUUAACUGGGAAAAAGCCAAUCUUGUCAACUAGAUCGGAAGAAAGGAAAAGUUUAGCCUUAUAUUUCAAAAUAUCAAUGAAAGAAGAUCAUUUAUCAGAUCUUCUUGAUGCUCAAGUUGUAAAAGAGGGUAUGAAAGAAGAUAUCAAUGAGAUAGCUUUUCUUGCAAGACGAUGCAUAAACUUGAAUGGGAAGAAAAGGCCUACAAUGAUGGAAGUUGCAAUGGAGUUGGAAAGAAUUAGAAAGCGUCAAGGAGAUUUUAGAGCUCAAGAGAAUUCUAAGGAGAUUGAAUACAACACCACUGAAUUGAUUGGGCCUUGA